CUCCCUCGGCGCCCCGAAAUAAAGAAAUUCGAACAACCGUGUUGGUUAUUUUUAACUCCGACUAUCGCGUCACCCUUUAAUAAACACAGAGAGACAGAAGAGGAAACGCAUUUCCUUGUUAAAGAGAGCGAAGAAAAUCAGAUCUCAAACUGGUCACUCCUCGACACACCACGAGGAAGAAUUGAGGAAAGGCGAGAUGGGGCUGUCAUUCACGAAAUUACUUGGCCGAUUGUUCUCGAAGAAAGAAAUGCGAAUUCUGAUGGUAGGUCUUGAUGCUGCUGGUAAAACCACCAUUCUUUACAAGCUGAAGUUGGGAGAAAUUGUCACUACUAUCCCUACCAUUGGAUUUAAUGUGGAAACUGUGGAAUAUAAGAAUAUUAGCUUCACUGUUUGGGAUGUUGGCGGUCAAGACAAGAUUCGUCCUUUGUGGAGACAUUACUUCCAAAACACGCAAGGGCUUAUCUUUGUGGUUGACAGCAAUGACCGAGAUCGAGUUGGUGAGGCCAGAGACGAGCUGCACAGGAUGUUGAAUGAGGAUGAGCUGAGGGAUGCUGUGCUCCUUGUAUUUGCAAAUAAGCAAGAUCUUCCAAAUGCAAUGAAUGCUGCUGAGAUAACUGAUAAACUCGGUCUUCAUUCUCUAAGACAACGCCACUGGUAUAUCCAGAGCACAUGUGCCACUUCAGGAGAAGGGCUUUAUGAAGGAUUGGACUGGCUUUCAAACAACAUUUCUAGCAAGGCUUAGUGGACUGGAGAUUUAAAUUUUCUCAACAAUGCGUGCUAGCAUUUGAUGUUGGGUUUUGUAGACGCUGCCACCAUUCUUUUCUUCCUUUUCGCAAGAAUUGUCUUAUAAAUUUAUAUUUCUCAUUUCAGUACUCUGGUUGUCUUUUUAAGUUACAUCAGUGUGUAGACUAUUGGCAUUUGCAUCAGAAUAUAUUCUGAAUAAGCUCCAAGUAAUUGAGUUUCAAUGAAGCUGAUUAUGAUCAUGAGUUUCAGUCAA